CGCAAAAUGUCCACUGUGAAAACAAAGAGGUAUUUGUUCCAAACUCACAAAAAAAAUGAGAUCACAUUUAAGCAAACGAGUGAGAUCCAAACUACAAUGCAACCAUGGCACACGAAAGAGCACGAGGUUGAGCAAUUAAUGUAGAACCGUGUGAUACUCUCUUGUACACUUAUCAUAGUUGGAGGUUUACCUUGCCUAACCCUACUACUCGAGUGGAGUAUUUAAGGGUAGGUUUGUAGCUUCGGUUAAGUGUAGUCGCUGGCAGUAGACGAACUGCAGCUAAUAAUAGAACCUGAGAACUCACGUUCUCCGUGGAGUAGUUUCGUUCAUACUGAACGGGGAAACCACGUAAAAUCCGUGUCUCGUAUUAUUUCUUUUCCGCGUAUCAAAUUUUACAUGGUAUCAGAGUUGUGAUCGCUUCAUAGCUUGACGGUUCAGGAUGACAGGAGAAGAUGACAAGCUUGGCAAGGGCGGAGCUUCCUCGCUCACCAACGUGAUACCCCUCACAUCGCCCCUCUACAUGCAUCCAUCUAAAAAUCCCGGUCAGCUGUUUGGCAGCGACUUGUUGACGGAUCUGAAUUAUAGUGAAUGGGUAAGCAAUAUGACGGAAACCCUAAUCGCGAAAAAUAAGAUGGUGUUCGUGGAUGGAUCACUCCCUCGCUCUAAGGCACGCCCUGGAGUCUUCGACGAUGCAUGGAGUCGAUGUGACCCUACCGUCAAAGGAUGGCUCAAGACUGCCAUGAGCAAGGAAGUGCGCAAUAGCGUCCGGGGCGCAAAGACUGCUCGCGAGAUCUAGGUAGAUUUGCUACAGCGAUUUGGGACUAGCUGUGCGACGCGAGUAUAUGAACUCCGCAGCAUGAUUAGCUCUUUCUGCCAAGAAAAGCUUAUUGUGCCAGCCUUCUACACGACUUUGUGCACGUAUUGGAACGAACCUCAAGCGGUUAGCUUGAACCCGUGGUGCUCGUGCGGGUUAUGUACGUGUGACGUCGCCAAGCAGUCUAGAGAAAAGCAAGAUGCGGUGUUACACCCCAUCUUUUUCUAAGACAAAAUGACCAUUAUGUCCUUGGUUCAAAUUUGUCAAAUUCCACCGUAAUGUCGAGGAGGACUAAAAAUGUAAACUAUUC